UUCAUGCUGAUAAAAGGCUUUGGAUGCCUUGCUGCUGCCAAAUGAAACAACAUUACAGAAGCAUAAAGCACUGACCAUACUAUAGAAAUGGCUCUGAAAACCGAAAAGGUUGAUUUUCUAAAAACAGAGAACACAAGCCAACACAAUACCAACGAUUAUGACAACCCAAACCUUAUUCUGAGAAGGGGACAAGAGUUUCAUAUGAAAAUAACCUUUGAUAGAGAACUGACUGCAAAUGACAAGGUGACCUUGCAGUUUACAACAGGUUCACUAGCUUUGCCAUCCAACGGGACCCUUGUGCUGAUUGAUGUAGGACCUGUCAUCCAGACAAACCAGUGGAGUGCUUUGAUUCGCCAGAGAAACAACAAAGAGUAUUUGGUUGCUGUCAGUAGUCCAGCCACUGCCAUUGUUGGUAAAUACAUGCUGAGUAUAAUCACAGGGAAAGGGAUUGUCUACCCGCUGGCAGAUUGUACCAUUUACCUUCUAUGCAACCCUUGGUGCAAAGAUGACACUGUGUAUAUGCCCAGUGAAGAUGGAAGAAAGGAGUAUGUCCUCAAAGACACUGGCUAUAUAUAUGUUGGCAUAGCUACUAAAAUCACUGCAAAACCCUGGAACUUUGGGCAGUAUGAAGCAGAAGUCUUGGAUUGCUGCAUGUUUCUUCUAGAUCAUGGUCAACUUAAACCUGAACAUAGAAGGGACCCGGUUAUCUUGACCAGAAAAUUAUCUGCAUUGGUAAAUUCCAAUGACGACAGAGGAGUUCUUACAGGAAACUGGUCUGGAAAUUAUUCUGGCGGAUUCUCUCCGACAAGCUGGACAGGAAGCAGUGUUAUUCUGCAAAAGUAUUACAAGAGCAAAAGGUCUGUCAUGUAUGGGCAGUGCUGGGUGUUCUCUGGAAUUCUCACUACAGUUCUAAGAUGCUUAGGAAUUCCAGCAAGAAGUGUCACAAAUUUUAAUUCAGCUCAUGAUACAGGAGGAAAUCUAAAAGUUGAUGUAUAUUUGAAUGAAAAAGGAGAAAUUCUAGAGGACUUAUGCUCUGAUUCGGUUUGGAAUUUUCAUGUGUGGAAUGAUGCCUGGAUGAAACGACCAGAUCUGCCAAAAGGAUAUGAUGGAUGGCAGGCAGUUGAUGCCACCCCACAGGAACUAAGCCAAGGUGUCUAUGAGUGUGGUCCAUGCUCACUGGCAGCCGUUAAAAAUGGAGAUGUUUAUUUGCCAUAUGAUGGCAAAUUUGUGUUUGCAGAAAUAAAUGCUGACAGGAUCUGCUGGCUGGUAAAGGAUAAACAAGGUGAUGAACCACCAAUCCAAAUCCGGCAAGAGAAAAGCUGCAUCGGCGAGUGUAUCAGCACCAAAACUGUCAAUAUGAAUGUCAGAGAGGACAUUACAGUGCAAUACAAACACCCAGAGGGAUCCCCGGAAGAGAGAGAAACUUUCCAGAAAGCCUGUUCUUUCCUUAAUUCGGGUGCCUGUUUGGUCAGCCCAGAACCUCCUCCAUAUCCACCAGCUGGCACCAAGCUGCAGAUACAGGGUGAUAAAGAGUUAAUUCCGGGGAACCCCUUGUCUUUCACUGUCUCCAUAGAAAAUGAAACAAAUGAGGCAAAAUCUUUGGACAUUACCAUUGGUUGCCAGCUGCAAGCUUACACAGGAAAAGUAAUUGCCAGUGUGGCAUCCAUUAAGCAGAGUGUACAAGUUCCAGGAAAAAAAGUCGCCUACAUCCCUGUGACUGUAGCCUCAGAGCAGUACAUGAAGUCUGUAAUUAUGGUUGAGGAUGAGGCCAUUUUCAGGAUCAAUGCAAUAACUGAAAACAAGGAAACACAGGAGAAGACCAGUGACAGUAUGGCGAUUGCAUUCACCUAUCCUCCCAUUAAAGUGGAGAUGCCAGAAACUGCAAAGAUUAAUGAAGAUUUCAGUUGCACUUUUACUUUCAAGAAUACUCUUAGCAUUCAGCUAGACAAAUGCCAGCUGCACGUGGAAGGCCUUAGCAUGUUCAAACUGGAGACAUUUGAUGAAGGGGAUAUAAAGCCUGGAGGAAUCUUCCGCUCAAAGAUCAUAUGUGCUCCACGGAGACCAGGGGAGAAAAAAAUUGUGGCUAAAUUAAUUUCCAGCCAAAUCAAAGGAAUUUCAGUGGAAAAGACAAUUAUCAUCAUAAAUUAACUAAACAGUGAUUAGAUACAGUAGUUAGCUAAACAUUGCUGCUGAAACAAUUUUGAAUUCAUUUCUAAAUUAUUCACCUGCUAAUAAAAUAUUAAAGUUAGACUUAACUAGCUGGUUAGUUUACCCAAAUCAUUACAUUAAAUUGCAGCUCCUCUCAGCGCCGGAUUUCAAAAGCAGCCGCCCCUAGCCCGUCCCCCAUUCGCGCCCCCUGUGCAUGCGC